AUGGACAGCCAACAGAUAGGUGUUCUUCAGUCUAAAGAGAUCCAAAUGCAAUGUAAUAAUAUUGAUGAGCUGGUAGGGCCAUUCACAGUAGAUGUUCCUCUUCAAUUGCUUCAUGAAAUUCCAAUGCCUACCUUACCAGCUCCUCAGAAGGCUAUGAUAGUAGUGGGGCCUCCAAGAGAUGGACUGACUACAGCUACGGGUACUAUUGGAGUAGUUGAUGGCAAUCCAAAUCAAGAAUUGAAAAAACCCAGAACCUGGAAGAGGACAGCAACUAAGACAGGCAGACUGAAGAGAAAGCAAAGCAAAUCAGAGGAAACUAGUUCAAUCAAGGAGAAGAAAAGAGUGUCAUCAGAGAAAGGAAUAAUAUUGUAUCUUACUAUUGAAUGUUAA